AUGCAUGAGACCCCAGUCGCAAGACCAAGGAAGGGGGCCAAGUGUCGCCAGCCAGACUUGACAGAUACAAGACACUCACUAAACAAGACACAAAGAGAAGAAGGCCAAAAAAAGGAAAAGAAAAAGAAAAAGGAAAAAUUACAAGCAGAAGAAGAAGAAGAAGAAGAAGAAGAAGAAGAAGAAGAAGAAGAAGAAGCGAAGUCCAAAGAUGGAGAUGAAGAUGGAGAAAGAGCAAGCGACUGGACCUAG